AUGAGUCAUAGUGAGCAUGAAGAACUCCAACGGCAUGUUGAAGAUCUUCUUCGCAAAGGCCAUAUUCGGGAAAACUUGAGUCCUUGUGCUGUACCGGUAUUGCUGAUUCCCAAGAUAGAUGGAACAUGUCACGACCUCCUUGACCAGAUUGGUAAAGCGUCUAUCUUCUCCAAAAUCGACCUCAAAAGCGGCUAUCACCAGAUUCAAAUUCGACAUGGCGAUGAAUGGAAGACUCCUUUCAAGAUGAGGGAAGGCUUGUACGAGUGGCUUGUCAUGCCGUUUUGUUUGUCCAAUGCGCCGAUACACCUGUCCAAGGUUAAGGCAAUCAAAUCUUGGCGUGUUCCUAUGACCGUCAGCGAGGUACAAAGUUUUCAUGGACUUGUAUCUUUUUACCAUUGGUUCGUACCUCACGUCAGCAGUAUUAUGGUGCCUAUCACAAGUAAAAUGAAAGAGGGCGCAUUUGCGUGGACUCAUGAGACAGAAUCUGCGUUUGAACUCAUCAAAGACAAGCUUGACUUCCGCGCCUGUCCUAGCUCUUUCCUAUUUCUCUCAAACCUUUUGGCUUCAUUGCGAUGCCUUCAAGCUAGACGGGACAUCGAGUGUUUUGUGGCUCGUUAUCACACUUGCCAUCUCGCUAAAGGUCGAGCAUCAAAUGCUAGCUUAUACUUGCCUCUCCCUAUUCCUGAUCAGCCAUGGACUGACAGGACGGAUGAUGCUUUCAAUGUCGCCAUCUUGUUCUUUCGUGAGGUAUAUCGCCUGCAUGGUUUGCCGUCCUCAAGUGUCUCUGAUCGUGACACACGGUUUUUUAGCCAUUUUUUAUGUUCGCUCCGGAAACUGCUACGCACAAGCUUAGAUAUAAGUUCUACUUAUCACUCUCAGUCGGAUGGCGAGACUGAGGUCGUCAAUCGAUCUCUUGAGAAUCUUUUGUUUUGUUUAGUUGAUGUCAAUGUUAAGAGUUGGGAUUCGAAGCUUUGUCACGCGAAGUUUGCACAAAAUCACACCGUGUACCGCAAUUCAUGUUUUAGCCUAUUUCAGGUCGUUUAUGGUCUGGUCCCUCACAGUUCUCUGGAUUUUUCUCCUCUCCCCGACAAGACUCGUUUACACGGGCAGACUGUUGAUUUUGUACUUGUUUACAUACAUCGUCAAGCCAAGAUGAACUUGGAGUUGUCUACAGCCAAGUAUAAGGCCGCCGCUGAUGUCAAACGCCGUGAAGUUAUAUUUGAGCCGGACGAUUUGGUUAGGGUGUCUCUUACAAGGGAGUGCAUGCCCGCUCAUGAAUACAACAAACUCUGUUUCAAGAAGAUUGGGCCAGUGAAUAUCCUCGAAUGUAUUAACAACAAUGCUUACCAUGUUUUGCUUCGUGCUCAUUUAACGUGA